CUUAUUUUUUAUAAACCCAAAUUGGAACUCAUUUUCCAUUUUGUGAGAACGAAGAUGGAAAUAGGCAAACUAGUUCCAGCCCACCGGUUACCAUCCUUAGUGUAUUCUCAAAAUCAGUGAAGAGGGCAUAGUGUAACAUUUGGUGAGCAUUUUUUAGGGAGAUUUUGGAGUUGUUGAAAAUGGAGGAGAGAUUUAUGUAAUUUUGUCAUACUUAGUCAAAAACUAUACUUGAGGCUACCUGUUGAAAGUUAAGACUAAUCUGAGUCAUUGCAAUCCUUCUCUUGCUUGGGGUUCUCAUUGAAGGGACGGACGCUUUCUUAUCUUCGUUUCUCUUCGCUCGCUCACACUCACAGGGGUCCCACUCCUAUUCCCCAUCCUCCGCCGCUACGGAUUUCGCUUCAACCCCAAGGGCAUGUGAUUUUUGGCAUCUCUUGGUGGGAGUGGGAGUUUCAAGAGUGUGCUGAUUUUGGAGUAAUCUAGAGGAAUGGCAACACCAGUCAGUAAUAGUCAUUUUGAAGAAGGAAGAAAUAAGAAGUCAUUGAUGGAAAACGAGGAAUACGCUUUUCUCGCUAGGCCCAUGUAUAAGUGGCGGAAAGUUUCUGCUGUUCGUGAUUUCCCCGAAGGAUGUGGACCAUUUGCUUCGAGGAUUGAUCCAGUGUUAAACGUAAAUAUUGCAGGUUAUGGUUCAGCUAAUGGUACAAUUAUUGAGGAUAAGAAUGGUGAACAUUUAGUGGGUGAUACUGUUAAAACUUCCAAUUGUGAAAAUGAUGGCCAGCAUUCUGAAGUAAAAGAUUCGCUUCUUACUGAAACUCUUGGUCAAACAACUGACAGUGGUUUAAAUAAGGAAAACCCCAUAGUCUCAUCUCCUCAAGUGAAUGGGUCUACUGCAGAACAUGAACCUGCAAAAGUGACUAUUGGUGAAACAAUUGACUCUGGUUUGAAUAAGGAAAACCCUGCUGUUUCAUGUCAUAAAAUGGAUGAACUUACUGCAGAAGAUGAAGCUGCAAAAGUGACUAUUGACCAAACAACUGACUGUGUUUUCAACAAGGAAAACCCUGUGGUCUCAUCUCAUAAAGUGGAUGGGCCUACUGCAGAAGACAAGCCUGUCAAAGUGCCAUUAGCGGACAUGGAAAUUUUGAAUACAGAGUUUGCAAGAACUGCAAACACUGUAAAAUGUGACUCUUAUAUGUUGAAGUCAUCUUCUCAAGUGGGUGAAGUGGUUAUGUCAGGUGGUUCAAAACCCUUAUUGUCAAAUGUCAAUAUAUCUGCUGGUUCUAGUGCUUGCAUGGUGGAGCCUGUAACUAGAAGGUAUCUUCCUCGAAGAAAAGUUUCAGCUCUCAGAGACUUCCCAACUUUAUGUGGACGCAAUGCUCUACAUCUCAGUAAGGACAAGGAUGUGUGUCUAGAGGGGAUCUCUUCUUUAAAUAACAAGAAACUGUGUCUACAGAACCUGGCCGUAGAUGAAAACAAUCCAUUGAAAGAAGUACGAGCCAUGGCUGUAGAUGACAGUCCAUUGAAAGAAGUAGGAACCGUGGCUGUAGAUGACAGUCCAUUGAAAGAAGUAGGAACCGUGGCUGUAGAUGACAGUCCAUUGAAAGUAGGAGCCGCUGAUGUAAAAGAAAUUAAAAGUAACAUCCAGGAUGAGUAUGGUUGCAAGAGAAAGCUUGUGGACAUCCUUAAAACUGAUUCUGAAAGUAAUGCUGCAAAGAGAGUGAAGAAACCACUGGAGAUCAAGAGAGACAAGCAUGUUACACUUCCCGAAGAAAGUAAUCAUCGUGUUAAAAUAAAUUCCAAGGCAGUGGUAAAAGAGCAAAAUAGGGAAGAGACAAGGCCUUUGGUUCUAUCACAUUCUAAGCAUAAGUUGAAAGGGAAUUUUAAUGGAUCACGGGUCUCAUCAGACAGGAAAGUAGUACUAGGUUUGAUGGCCGAAUCAGAAUGUCCUUGGAGGUCCGGCAAAGGUUCCUCCAAAUUUAAGUUCAGUGAUGCUAAAAAUGAAGGCAAGAAAAAGAAAGUAGCUUCUGCAUUGCCAGAUAGGUCUAAAACAGCUAUCAAGAGUAAAGGUGCACUAAGUUAUUCUGGGCAGAAGCCUUUGAAAAAGAAAAAAGGAAAUGCUUUUUCUGAAGGUAUGAGUGAAUUAGUAAUUUGGGAAAAGAAGGAUAGUCUUGACCCUAAUGAAAAUAAUGAAGACCUUCAAAUUGUUCUGAAAUCACAUGAGUUCAAUGUAAAUGUUACUCCUUCUCAUUCUAAUUUCACUGGUGAUGAGGGUGACUCAAAUGUGACCCGGAAAAAAGUGAUAAAAAUAUUACGGUUGUUUCAAGUUGUUUUUAGAAAGCUUUUACAGGAAGUAGAAUCAAAGUUAAGUGAGCGAGCAAAUGGUAAAAGAGUUGAUUUAAUUGCUUUAAAGAUCCUUAAGGAGAAUGGGCAUUAUGUUAACUCGGGCAAGCAGAUACUGGGCGCUGUCCCUGGGGUUGAAGUUGGUGAUGAAUUUCAAUAUAGGGUGGAGCUUAAUAUAGUUGGCCUUCAUCGUCAGAUUCAGGGUGGCAUCGAUUAUGUGAAGCACAAUGGUAAGAUCCUUGCAACUAGUAUUGUUGCGUCAGGGGCUUAUGCUGAUGAUUUGGAUAAUCCAGAUGUCUUGAUAUAUACAGGGCAGGGUGGGAAUGUGAUGAACCCUGAUAAAGAACCUGAAGAUCAGAAGCUCGAGCGGGGCAAUCUUGCUCUGAAGAACAGUAGUGAGGAAAAAAAUUCUGUUAGGGUGAUACGUGGUUCUGAAUCAAUGGAUGGAAAGUGCAGGAUAUAUGUUUAUGAUGGAUUGUAUGUGGUUGAAUCUUAUCAGCCUGAUGUGGGACCACAUGGGAAGCUGGUUUUUAAGUUUUUCCUGCGAAGAAUUCCUGGUCAACCAGAGCUUGCUUUGAGGGAAGUGAAGAAAUCUAAAAAGUUCAAAACAAGAGAAGGUGUAUGUGUUGAUGAUAUUUCUUAUGGAAAAGAACGAAUUCCGAUAUGUGCUGUGAACACCAUAGAUGAUGAAAAGCCCCCUCCGUUUAAUUACAUAACUAGCAUUAUAUACCCCAAUUGCCAUGUCCUUCCUGCAGAAGGAUGUGAUUGUACUAAUGGAUGCUCAGAUUUGGAGAAAUGUUCGUGUGUAGUGAAAAAUGGGGGAGAGAUUCCAUUCAAUCACAAUGGGGCUAUUGUACAAGCAAAACCUCUGGUCUAUGAGUGUGGACCUACUUGUAAAUGUCCUUCAACAUGUCAUAAUAGAGUCAGCCAACUUGGCAUAAAGUUCCAACUUGAAAUAUUUAAAACCGAUACAAGGGGAUGGGGUGUGAGAUCCCUGAAUUCAAUCCCUUCAGGAAGUUUUAUCUGUGAAUAUAUAGGGGAGCUUCUUGAGGACAAGGAAGCUGAACAAAGAACCGGUAAUGAUGAGUAUCUUUUUGAUAUUGGAAAUAACUAUAGCAACAGUGCUCUUUGGGAUGAUCUUUCGACUCUCAUGCCUGAUGUACACACAACUUCUUGUGAAGUUGUGAAGGAUGGUGGUUUCACCAUUGACGCUGCUCAGUUUGGUAAUGUGGGGAGAUUCAUCAACCAUAGUUGCUCCCCUAAUCUUAUUGCUCAGAAUGUCCUUUAUGAUAACCAUGACACCAGGAUGCCUCACAUAAUGUUCUUUGCUGCUGAUAACAUUCCUCCCCUGCAAGAGCUGACUUAUGAUUACAAUUAUGAAAUAGAUCAAAUUCGUGAUUCUGGUGGCAAUAUAAAAAAGAAGUAUUGCCAUUGUGGUUCUGUGGAAUGUACUGGCAGGAUGUAUUGAUGGCAGGACGUAUCGAGGGUCAACAAGGUUAAUUAAUGUAAUUGUGUUUUUCUGCAGUCUUAAUGAAAAUUCAUUAAUAUCCAAAAAAUUUCCAACUUGAUUUUGAGCUUGA